AUCAGAUUAACGCCGUUCCUCAUACAACCUGCAGUGCUGACUAGCGACCUAGCUGCCGACAUAUCGCCAGCUGAGAGGAAGCGACGGCACGAAAGCAGAGCAGACGAGCUCCAGGAUUCACAAUAAAAUGUAUUGGAGUCGGGCCUUUCACACCGGCUGGGUUCUGCUGCUGUUCCAGCUGAUGUGUUUAGAGGCAGUUCCCAUCAGUAUGGACAAGACAAAAGUCAAAGAGCCGGAGAAAAAGCCUGAAGAGCCUCCAGCAAGUGUGGACACAGGACUCCACUAUGACCGGUACCUCAGAGAAGUCAUUGAUUUUCUAGAGAAAGAUCAGCAUUUCAGAGAAAAGCUCCACAAUACAGACAUGGAGGACAUUAAGCAAGGUAAGCUGGCCAAAGAGCUGGACUUUGUCAGCCAUCAUGUCAGAACAAAACUAGACGAGUUGAAGAGGCAGGAGGUAAACCGACUCCGGACCCUGAUUAAGGCCAAACAAGACCUCGAAGGAGGGAAUGACAUCGCAGUGGACCACCAGGCUCUGCUGAAACAGUUUGAGUACUUGAACCACAUGAACCCACAUACAUUUGAAGUGGAUGACCUGGAUCGGCUCAUCAAAUCGGCAACUAAGGAUCUGGAGAACUACGACAAAGAGAGACACGAGGAGUUCAAGAGGUAUGAAAUGAUGAAGGAGCACGACAGACGGGAACACCUGAAAACACUGGACGACGAAGACAGAAAGAAAGAGGAGGAGCACUAUGAGGAGAUGAAGAAGAAGCAUGCUGACCACCCAAAAGUUAACCAUCCGGGUAGCCAGAAUCAACUGAAGGAGGUUUGGGAGGAGGCUGAUGGUUUAGACCCUGAGGAUUUUGACCCCAAGACCUUUUUCAACUUGCAUGAUACAAAUGGAGACGGCUUCUUCGAUGAACAGGAGCUUGAGGCUUUGUUCACCAAAGAGCUGGAAAAAAUUUAUGACCCCACCAAUGAAGAGGAUGACAUGGUGGAGAUGGAGGAGGAGAGGCUUCGAAUGAGAGAGCAUGUUAUGAAUGAGGUGGAUUCGAACAAAGACAGACUAGUCUCCUUAGAUGAGUUUUUGGUUGCUACUAAGAAAAAGGAAUUCUUGGAGCCAGAUAGCUGGGAGACCCUGGAGCAGAACCAGGCUUAUACAGAUGAAGAAAUGAGGGAAUUUGAGGAGCAUCUUGCUCAGCAAGAACAGGAUCUGAACCAGAAGGCUGUUGACCUCCAGAAACAGAGAGAUGAGCUGGAGAGGCAGCAGGAGCAGCUUAAUGCACAGAAAAUUGAGCUGCAACAGGCAGUUGAACAUAUGGAGAGGCUCAAGUCACAGAAAGUAGAUCCACCUCCAGAGGUUCAUGUUGAAGGAAAUCCUGUUCCAGAGAUACAUGCAGUUGACAGCCAGUUACAUGUUGAACAAGAGGCCCAACAACAAGAACAUCAACCUGCACACCAUGCUCCUCAAGAUGCGCCUCAGGAAGACCAUGUACAACAAAAUCCAGACCUGGCUCAGCAAGGUCUGCCCCAGACACAUCAGGAUCUCCCACCAGGCCAUCAAGAAGCUGCACAAGGCCAGCAUAACCUGCCAUAAUAAUGCUGACAACACGUCACAAGCAGACUUUUGCAGCACCUCCACUCCCGUGUGCAGAGGAGCAGUCCCACCAGAACAUAAGGCCUCUUUAACCAGCAUGAGAAGCAUCAGGGGUUUGGAGUACACUUGAGAUGAAGGAGAGCGAAACGAAAGGAAUCCCUGUUAUCCCUGAUACCGGUGUUUGUUAAUAACAAUAAUAACUGGAUUGCAAAAUGGAAUUACAAUUGUAAAGCAACCUACCAUGGACAUGUAUCCUAAAAAGUUCAAUUAUGUCUGAUCAUAUCCAAAUAUAGUUUUGAUGAGCUUUUAUAAUCAGCUGUUUGCUGUUCAAAGUCCAGAACCUCUAAAAUGACAUGCUGAUGGCUUCACGACCUGAUGGAUUUGACUGAAGAGCCUGUCUAUAUAUCUAUAGUGCAGGUGUUAAUGGGGUUAAAGGUGUAAAAAAUUCAUUUUAAUUUUACCAUUUUGACAUGGGUUGUCUGUCAAGAUACCCCCAAACAUUUCCAAAAAGAAAUUAUGUGCAAGACUAGUACUGAAAUGUGUUUUACUGGACUGAUUUUUUUUUAUUAUUGUAUUAAAACCCCAAACAGAGUAAAGAUACACUAUAGAAAUUUUAAUCAACAUACAGCAUUUUUAUGCUGCAUCCUUUCAUGUAAAAAGUAAAAGUAAGGACUUGUUGAUGCAUCCAGAUACAGAUAAGAAUCUACAAGGUACAGUUAGAUCUUUGCAGAAAACUCAUUUUGUUUCUAUCAUCUCCAGCUCCCAUUAUUGCUACAUUUUACAGUCUUUUAACCCUCAAGAAGCCAGACCACUCAGUCCUCACACUUUGGUGAGGAAAUACAACACUUUUGCUACUUUCUUAAUAUGGUCGUUUUGCUUGCUGUUAUACUCGGUCAACUGUUUAUCUCCCAUGAAACAUCUUUUUUCUUGUAUACAGUCAGAUUUUCUGAGUUUUCUCAGCUUUAAAACUAAAAAUGCGCGCUGUGCUUGAAAAGACGUGGCACUGGUCAUUUUCAGGCCACGCUGCAGCUGUUCUCCGAUGACUUUGUUAAAUUAAAGGUGCUAGAUUCUUAAAAAUAGAUAUGGGAGAGAUAAACAAGUCCUAAGUCCUGCAGAAUCUGUAAUGGGAGUUUCAGGUUAAAGUAUACUUCUGGGAAAAAAACCUGCUGCUUGCCCAACAGGAUUACCAAAGGUUGGUCCUCUGGAAUAUUGAAUUUGUUACACGCUGUAGUGAGCAUGUGUCAUGUUUAUUUAUGAGUUGAUCAUAAUUGAGCUUGAUUUUGAAUUUGUUUAAAGAAACAGGUUUGAAGUCAAGAAGGUAAUUUUUUCAGUUAAGGUUAAAAUGGUGUGUUUCUUCAUAAUCAUCUGCAUCAGUCUCAAUUUGUUCUGAAGAUUUUAUUAGAAAAGCGGUAAAGCUCUGAAAAUAAGCUACGUCAGAUAACCAGCAUCACAAAAAUGCAGCAAACAGUUUUUUUAUCUAUCAGAGUGUGAGACCAUAAAAACUUCUCGAUUUGGCUUCUUUGCUUUCGGUUCGGGUCAUUGUGUUUGGUACAAGAUGUGUACUACUUUGUCCUAAUUAGAAAAAGUUUAAAUAUUUCCCCACAGUUUGCUGGUUUGGUGCAGUUGCUGUGCUAUUCAGGUUUGCUUUUUCUUUUGUCACUCACGUUGUUUCUUAUAGCUAGCUGAUUGGCCAUGGCAAAAAGUGUUGUCGACUUUUAAUGAAGAAGGCUUAAUUCACAUCCAUUGAUCAUAGCAUCUUUGCCUUACUGUGGUUUUACUUAAGAGAACAUUUUAUUUUCUGUGUGCCAUGUGUUCCUUUGAAACAACAACGUGUUAUAAUUUGCACAAAAUGUACAGGUGAUGUUUCUGAUCGCUUGCUGCUGGAUACAAGAGUCAUUUGACAAAACUGUACACCUCAGUUCAAGAUAAUAAAACAGUUUACCUUUCA